UUAAGUAACUUCAAUUUUUUACUGGUUGGUAAUUAUUCGUGUUUAUUUCAUGAAUGUAUAUUAUAUUGAAGUUUGCAGCAUAUGAUUGCGUAUUUGUUGCUAAUCGUGUAAGUUUUACGUGUCCAUUAAGCCACGUCAAAAUAUUUAUUGAUACAAUGGUGGAAGUCGAAUCUAUGACAAGAUAUGUCUCUCCCAUUAAUCCUGCAAUUUUUCCAUUAUUGGCAGUGGUAUUACUAGGAAUUGGAAUAUUCUUUACAGCAUGGUUUUUUGUAUAUGAAGUUACUAGUACAAAAUUUACAAGGGAUAUGUUCAAAGAAUUAUUAAUUUCUUUAGUGGCAGCAUUAUUUUCCGGUUUUGGUAUAUUAUUUUUACUUCUUUGGGUUGGAAUUUAUGUAUAGGUAUAUUAUUUUAUAGAAAUUUAAAUCAAUAAAAUUAAACAAUACAUUGAUAUAUAUAAAUCUCAUUUUUUUGUUUCAGAUCCAUUUUAUAAAUGAAAAAAAUUAAUUUUAAAAUUAUAUGAAAUAGCAUUUAAUUAAUAUGAUUAUGUAGAUAUUAUAAGAAUAAAAAUAAUGUAUUUUUACUAAAUCAUACAAUUAUAAUGAUUAAGCUAUAUAUUUAUCACACAGUAAUAAGCAUUUGUAUUUUUUAACAUUUAAAAUCACUUUUAAAUACACAAUUUUUUUUAUAAUAUAAAAAAUUAAUUAAAAAGUACGCAUUUUUUACAUAUUUUUUAAAUAAGAAUAUAAAUACAUUUAAAAAUAUAAUUCUGUAAAACAAA